GCCAAUUAUCUCAUGAUCAAAUUGUAAAUUUAUCGAUAUAUGACAUAGCUAACGCAGAUCUUAUAUUACCUUCGAAAGAAAUCAAUGCUCAGACAGAGUGAAACUCCACACAGCAGUAGGGACAGUGAUGUUGACAAGUCAUGCCCGGUACUUGUUACGUGGACAGGAUCGCCUAGCAUUACUGUUGGGAAAGCCGUGCCCCCGACAAAAGACCCUGUUCCAGUGCCCCAAAGAACACUCUGCGUCGAGUUUGGGUAUGGAUAUGGAACUUUGUUUGACAAGGGUGGCGCAGGUGAGAGUGGAGAGAAGCGAGCGACAUCAGAAGUGUCGAGGACAGAGCUUGGCAUCAAUGGGUCAUCGAUCUGUGAGCUUCCGUCCUCUGCUCCUCUCCAAGUGGUUUGACGAAGCUCCG